AUGCGCGCGGCUCUGUUGGCUCAAAUUGUUCAAGGCUCUCUUCUCGACUUCGAGUCGGUGCAGCUCGAGAGCAAGCAUGCUGCAGCCAACCCCGCCGUCCGCUUCGCCCAACGAGACGAGAGUGCUCUCGUCUUUGGCCAAAGCCCACCGCCCGAGACGGAGUGCAGAGCGUUCCCGGGGAGCGACGACUGGCCCAGUGACAGCGACUGGCGCAGUUUCAACCAGACGCUCGGCGGAGCCCUCCUCAAGCCCCUCCCGCCGGCGGCUGCUUGCUACGUUGGCCCCAACUACGAUGCGGCUAAAUGCAGAUUUCUUGUCACGAAUGCUACUAACAACCACUUUUACCUCGAUGACCCCGUGACGGUGCUGACGCAGUGGCCACAGGGAAAUACUUGUCCACCGGCCUUGAACGCCACCGGAACCUGCACCCAAGGCGGGUUCCCCGUUUAUGUCGUGAACGCCACGUCCGUCAAGCACGUGCAGUUGGCCGUCAACUUUGCACGCAACAACAACAUUCGGCUGAUUAUUAAGAACACUGGACAUGACUUUGGUGGACGGUCGGCCGGCGCCGGAUCGCUGAGCAUCUGGACGCACCACCUGAAGGAGUUCCAGUUCCUGCAGCGGUACACCAAGGGCAACUACUCGGGAAUGGCGGCGCACUUUGGGUCUGGGCUCGAGACGUGGGAGCUCUUCAACUACAUGUACCAGUACGGCAAUCUCACCAUCGCAGCCGCCGGCGUUCUCACAGUGGGAGGCAACGGCGGCUGGUUCGCCUCGGGCGGCCACGGUAAUGUGGCGUCGUUCUACGGCCUCGGGGCUGACCAGGCCCUUGAGAUUCACGUCGUGACUGCCGAUGGGAGAUUUCUGGUUGCGAGCGCCGAGGAAAAUGAGGACCUGUUUUUCGCCCUGCGCGGCGGCGGUGGAAGCACCUACGGAGUCGUUACCUCGAUUGUCGUCAAAGUUUACCCGCCCAUCAACCUAGUUCGCACAUCAUUGAGCAUCGCGUGCCGGCCUCCAGCUGAUACAAACACUCGAGCGCUUUUUGCACCUGUCAACAGUGGAACCUUUUACGUCAACGACACGGCACUGUUUUGGAAAGCGCUUGGCGUGUACUUCCGCUUCAAGAGAACGAUUGUUGAUGGCAGAGGCACAGACUGGGAGUAUCUAUAUCCGCUGACCGCCAGCCCAGUUCCGGCCAACGGCACCUUGGUUCCCGUCAACGGCACCAUUCCUGGCAACGGCACCGUUCCUGGCAAUAGCAGCAGUAUCGGCACCCUCGGCUUUACCUACCGUGUCGGGAUCACUUUUCCCAACCGCACGGUCGAUCAAGUCGCCACGCUGCUCGCGCCCCUCUACGCGUCAUUCGCCGCGGUGCCUGGUCUGGGCCACAUCACGCUACGGCGGGCCGAUAUCCAGAGCACACCUUACUCCGGGCCGGCCAGCGUGACCAGCCUCACCGCGCUCCCCGCCUCACCGCUCUCAGCAACACGGUAUCGCAGCCGGCUGUUCCCGCGGGCGAACUGGGCGACAGACCCGAUCUUCGAGUCGACCAUGGCUGCGAUCCGCAGCGCCGUCGAGGACGGCCGAUACAUCUUCCACGGGCUCUCCAUCGGGCCGACUGCCGCCAUAGCGGGCUACCCCGGCCGGACCGCCGCGGUCAACCCAGCGUGGCGCGAGGCGGUGCUGCACGCCAUCCUCAUCACGUCGCAGCCGGCGGGGCUGACGGCGCAGGCAGCGCGCGACGAGGAGGCGCGCAUCCAGGCGUACAUGCGCGUGUGGCGUGCUGUCAGCCCUGGCGCCGGUGCGUACAUGAACGAGGCCGACCCCGGAGAGCCCGACUGGCAGCAGGCCUUCUACGGCGCAAACUACCCGCGCCUGCUCGCCAUCAAGCGCCGCCGCGACCCCUGGGGCGUCUUCUGGGCCCAGACCACCGUCGGUAGCGAUGCCUGGGAGGUCAGGACCCUCGACGGCUACCCGCGCAGCCAGAACGGCCGGCUGUGUAGAGUCUCGCAGGUGGGCAAGACUACUCCUGCGGCUGGUGCUGCGGCUUGA